UGUCUUAUUAUUAUUAUUAUUUAUUUUAGGUGGGAGGGGGAGGAUUAUUAGAUUGAAGUUAUGAUUCAUUUUAACCAAAGGACCAAAAAAAAAAAAAAACUACUGAUCUCAACUCUCAAGCAUAGUUGUAAAAAUUGGAUUGGCCCGGAUCGAAUUGUUAUCAGCUGAGACCGAUCCACUUGUAAUGUAUAAUGGUAAAAAAAUCUGGUUAACACUUCACUUGUGCAGCCUUCCAAUACCAAUAUGAUAUCGGUGUGGUCUAAUUUAUUUACCUGAUCCAUAUUGAUAUUAUAUUGGUAUUGGUAGACUGCCCUCUUGAUACUCCUUGUGCGCAUCUCAAGUCCCACAAUGAAUGACUUUUCAUUUAACAUGAGCACAAAAAAAGUUGGUCCUAGAUAUAAUAACUAAGAAAAAAUGUCCUUUUAACUGAAAUACAUACAUAGAUAUAGAUAUGGGACGAAAGCAAGAAAAUGACACAUUUUAGGGGAGGUUUGAGAUGAUAGUUUCAAAUUAGGGUUGAAAAUAGAAAAGGGAGAUAUGGGAUUGGGAGAUAUCAUAAUUUAGAAGUUUCAUGAAAUUAUAUAAGUGGUUUAGUAGUAGCUUUCUUUAAGUAGAUGGCAAUAGUUUUAUCUAUAAAAAGGAAAGUCAAAAUUUACAAGAAGGAAUUGGCACUAAAAGUCUUUUGGUCUUUAGAAAAUUAAAAACCAUUAAAAAAAAGUGGAUUAAGCAUUGGGUGAGAGAAGCCUUGUGGGUAACCCAUCCUCCUCUAAUGUAUAAUUUGGAUAAUUUUGAUCUUCCAAGUCAGUCCAUAGAUGUAAAAUCCCAUCUAUUGUAAGCCAAAUGGUCUAUAGUGUUAAAAGCAAAAUCCUUUUACCAAUAUUGGCAAUUGGUAAUACCUUGACUCUAAGCAUACUUAAAUUUAAUUUAUGCUUUCUUAUAGUUGCUGCACUCUUACUUUGGUAACUAAAGUUUUAUUGUGCCUUUUUAUUUUUGUUUGCAUAAAAAUCAUCAGACAUGAAGCAGAGGUUAUUAUAAGGAAAAUUGUUGAAGAAGUGUUGACAAUAGUAAACAAGACACGCUUUCAAGUUGCAGCACACCCAAUUGGGUUAGAUUCUCACAUUGAGCACUUAAGAUGUCUGUUAAAUGAUGAAAUGAAUGCCGUUCGCAUCAUAGGGAUAUAUGGCUCUGGUGGAAUAGGUAAAUCAACUAUAGCGAAGGCCGCUUUUAAUGAUAUGUUUAGAAAUUUUGAAGGUAGCAGCUUUCUUGCUAAUGUUAGAGAGCUUUCGAGACCACCAAAGGGUUUAGCUCUCUUACAAAGAAAACUUCUCUCUGAUAUAUUGAAGAGAAAAGACAAAGACAUAGACAUAGACAAUGAGGACGAAGGAAUCAAUAUUAUUGAAAAACGUCUAUGCUGUAAAAGAGUUCUUAUUGUUCUUGAUGAUGUGGCUGAUAUGGAACAAUUUGAUAAAUUGUUUAGAGGGCAUGACUGUUUUGGUCCAGGAAGUCGGAUAAUUCUAACAACUAGAGAUGAACACUUGCUAAAUAGGCCAGAGGUGGAUGAAAAAUAUGCAGUCAAGACAAUGAAUCAAGAUGAAUCCCUUGAACUUUUUAGCUUCCAUGCCUUUAGACGAAAUCAUCCAUUUGAAGACUUUGUGAAUCUCUCAAAUGAUGUAAUACAAUAUGCAGGGGGCCUUCCGUUAGCUCUUGUCAUUUUGGGUUCUCAUCUUUACCAAAGGAAUCAAGAUGAGUGGGAAAGUGAAUUGAAGAAAAUAAGCAAGAUACCCAAUCGUCAGAUUUUAGAAAAACUUAAAAUAAGUUAUGAGGCAUUAGAUGAUAUCAACCAGACCAUAUUCCUUGAUAUAUCAUGCUUUUUCAUUGGAAAAGACAAAAAUUUUGUAAUUACAAUUCUAGAUGCUUGUGGUUUGGAGGGAAAAGCUGGAAUUAUACUUCUCAGAGAGAGGUCUCUGAUAACAAUUGAUGAAGAUAACAGGCUACGAAUGCAUGAUAUGAUUCGAGAUAUGGGAAGGGAAAUUGUCCGAGAACAGUUUCCUCGGAAGCCUGGAGGACGUAGUAGAUUGUGGGACAAUGACGAUGCCAUUGAUGUAUUGGUAAACCUCACUGGAACUGAUGCAGUUGAAGGCCUCCAAUUAGACUUGUAUCGAUAUAAUGUGGAAGAGUUUGGCCUAUUGACCAUUGAAGGAUUUUCUAAAAUGCCUAAUCUGAGAUUACUCAAAAUUGAUAUUCCAGAAUCCAGCAUCAAUAUAGAUGAGGAACAUUCUCUUCAAGAGGGGGCUUCUUGUUUCAGAAACUUAGUUUGGAUUAGUUGGGAAAGAUUCCCCUUCAAAUGUAUACCAAAAAAUUUUCAUCUAAGGAAGCUUGCUGUUCUUGACAUGCAACUGAGCAAUCUCACAGAAGUUUGGAAGGAAACCAAGAAUCUCACGAAGUUGAAAGACCUCAAUCUUAGUUCUUCUCACUACCUAACUUGUACGCCGGACUUCUCAGGGUUGCCGAAUCUUGAGAAACUUAUUCUCAGUGGUUGUAAAAGUUUGGUUGAAGUCCAUGAAAGUAUUGGUCAUCUUAAAAAACUUAUAAACUUGGAUCUAGGGCAUUGCAACAAUCUCAAUGAUAUUCCAAGCGGUAUUAGUAAAUUGACAUCGCUUGAAACACUUGAUAUUUCUUAUUGCCCAAAACUCAGGGAAUUGCCAGAGGGAAUCGGGAACUUGAAACGUUUAACAAUGCUUGAUGUGAGAGAAACAGCCAUACGAGAACUACCUUCUUCCUUUGGACUUUUAAAGAACCUUACAGUUUUCAGUCAUGCUUUGCGAUAUGGAAUAAGAAAUUCAGCAGUCCUAGUUUCAGUUUCUUUUGAUGGUUUUUGCUCCUUAAAGCAGUUAACUUUGGAAAAUUGCAAUCUUACAGAUGAUGAUAUACCUGAUGAUUUUUGGAUGUUAUACUCUUUGGAGUCAUUGAAUCUAUCUGGAAACUAUUUUGAGAGCCUCCCAUUUGGCAUUGGCCAACUUUCAGCACUUCAAACUUUGAAUGUAGGGUUUUGCAAGAGACUUCAAUCAUUGCCAAUGCUUCCAUCAAGUUUGAGGUCUCUUGAUGCAUCAUUUUGUGUGAAGUUGAAAAGCUUACCAAAUCUAUCAAACUUGAAGCAUCUGCUGAUGCUAGAUCUUUCAAGGUGUAAAAAGCUGACUGAAAUUGAGGGCUUAGAAGGUUUGAAGUCUGCAGCAAAUAUAAAAUUACAUAUGGGUGUCAAUUUGAAAAGUUUUGCCAAAGAGAAAAUCUUCCAGGGCACAUCUAUAAACAAUGUCUGUGACAUCUUUCUGGCUGGAGAUGAAGUUCCAAAGUGGUUUGACUUUCAAAGUGAGUCAUUUCCAUUAUAUUGUCAAGCAGUCAACCUCAUAACAAUGAGAUAAUACAAGGGUUGAUUAUAUGCAUUGUUUUUUUGGAACCCUCAAGUGGAUGGAUCACCACGUUGGCUAGAGAAACAGUUAUAUUUCUUAAUGAAUCAAAGAAAUUUAAAUGAACCCAUCAAAGUGAAAUUCCACUUGAAGAGAAAGAAAUGACUUGGUUGAUCAACAUACCAAAUUGGGUUUGGAAAUCAUUUGCUGGAUAUGGGGAUAUCAUCAAUGUUUCACUAGAGACAAGAUUUCAAAAUGAAGUUCAUGUGAAGAAAAUUGGACUCAAUUUCUUUUAUAAGUCAUUGCAUGAGAAUGUAUCUGAGGAAAAUUCCGAAGCAUCCCUAAGCAUAUAAUAUUUUGGAUUCUUCGAUUUGGAGAUAUUUGCGAAGCUUUGGAUCUACAUUGAACAAUAUAUUUUUCUUUGACUACAAUGGUGGAUCAACUAAAUCAACUAAACUUCAACCCUUGGAGCCAUGGAGGAUGGUUUUCGUUUUCUUCGACAAUAAAUCUUGUUGGUUGUGCUUUUGGUAAUUUUUCUUUCUUUCUUUUUUAGUUGUGAGGA